AUAAAAGUACCUAAUCUAAAUUUGAGUAAAACUUAAUCUAAUAAAUUUAAGCCUGAAUCUGUGGUAUGGGAGACAACUCUGUCUGGCUUAAUGGUUUUUCAUUGUGUUAAAAGGUGUCAACAAUAUGAAGCGAUCUGAUUGGCUGUGGAUGUUUGCAUGUAUAAAUCUGUCCUAUAAUUAUCCACAAAGCACAUGCUGUAAUGUCAGAGUAGUAUACACAUGGAAAACCUUACCUAAAUGGAUUUAAUCACAUUAUUUUUGGUGUUUAUUCUUUGUUUUGUGGACUUUACGACUCCCAAUAGGAACGAUGACAUGUGGGAAGCACUGUCGUUAAGAUUUGGAGUAUGGAAAGAGCUACCUCGAACAUCACAUGAAGCUGAGCGAAAAGGCUACACAAGAGUUAAUGAUAUCUGCAAAACUAACCAAUACCAUGGAUUUCUAUAUAGAAGAUUAGGAGAUACAAAAGAUAUACCAAUAUAUGAUUUAAAUGGUUGGAUAGCUGGAAUUCAAGCUAUGAUUCCAGCUUAUAUGAAAGGUUAUAACUCACUGAAUGAAUCAAUAGCUUUACCACCUGAUGAUAUCAUCAAAAACCUCAUGAAUGAGGGACCUUUGUUACAUGGUAGUGACCCACACGAACCUGGUAGAACAUUUUAUACAAUUACAGCAUAUUUCAAACAUCCUCAAUUAGUGUGCAGUCCUAUAGCCAAACACCAUAUACAGACAGGGAAAGGGCUAUAUAUACAAACAGGAAAUGACCCUAUAGUUAGUCAUAUGUCUAUACCAUUAGAAUCAAAACAACUUGGUCCAAUGUGGGUCCAGGGUACAUGUGUACCUAGAAUGGGUACUCACUAUUUCUAUAACUUAUCAAGAAGUUUGCCCUGUGAGAAAAUUUACCCUGUAUUUCUGAUGUAUGACAGUGAGGGUAAACUGGGAGCUUUUGGUUGGUCAUUCCAAGGAUUUGCCCUCGACAGUAGCCAAUCAGAUUUGUCUUGGUUUAAAUUACGGCCGGAGACAUAUCAGUUUACCUUUGAUACAAGCAAGUUACCACCGUGUAUGUUUAAUGAAAAUUUCCAAGUGUUUGGAAUUCAUAUUUGGUUAAAAGAUCCAAAUUCUGAUACAAUGUUGUGUAAAAUUAUACAGAGACCUCAACAGAGACUAACAUCAACAAGAAAGCCAGAUAAAAUAACUUAUAAGACUGGUUACAGAGAUAAUCAUAUUAUAAACGCAGAUAGAAAUACAGACAAUGUUUCAAGUCGGAACACCUUACAUUACUCUCUUAUUGUUUUAAUUAUUUUAUCUUGCUAUCAUAUUUUACAACGGUGACCAUAUUAGCCACUUUUUAUUGCUGUUUUCUUUGUUAAAUAAUUAUAUUUUUAUUGAUGACAGAGGGGGAGUAACUCUAAUUGAAAACAAUCAUUGUCAGGUUCCAUUUAGAGUGAUUUCCCCUUACCAUUAUGAAUUCCAUUUCUGGCAGAGAGAAUAAAACUCGUUAUAAGAUGUCAAAUAUAUACUUAAUAAACUAGCAAGUAUCAAAAAGCAUUUUUGUCAUUUUCCUGAACAUAAAAAGUCAAAACUGUGAAUAUCAUAGUGUUUAUUCUACUUAACAAUCAGCAGUCUAAAUGAAUGUUUUUAAAUCGUUUUAGGUCUUCUCUUUUAACUCCAUUUCAAUGGGUUGGUUCUUUAAAGAUUUCAGGCAUAAAAACAAAUUGUGCAAUUUGAAAAAAAUAUACUGGAAAGAGAAAAUUUUAUGACUUAUUUGAAUAACCCGUUACCAAUUGCAGUAAAUUUUACAGCAUUUCCACUGAUCUGUUGUCUAUCAAAAUCAAACCACAUUUUCAUUGUAAGUUAUCUCAUUUCCUUCAUACAUUGUAUUUUCUAAUGCACAUACUGUGUGUUAAAAUUUGUUGACAGUUAAGAUAAAUCACUAUUGAAUUUGUUUUAAAAAUUAGCAUUGCACUUAACAAAUUUAUUCUCAUCCUUUCAUCUGACUGUUUUUGAUACUUUAAUAAGCCACACAAGUAAAAAUAAUCUCUCUCAUAAGCCUGGGUGCUUCUAGAAGUUUGCCACUAAAAGUAGGCUUCUAUAUUAACCAUCCACAAAAACUGAGGUUCCAUUUGAGCUUUAACUUUCAUAUUAUAAAGAUACCAUGGUGCUUCUAAAUGUAUUUUCAUAACUGUUGCACAUCAUUUUCAUCCAUUCACUGUCAAUGUGUUAAUGUUCAGUUGUCUCCCUUUACAUGAAGUCAUUUUACAGUCAUCUCCCUUCACAUGAAGUCAUUUUACAGAGUUAUCUCCCUUCACAUGAAGUCAUUUUACAGAGUUAUCUCCCUUCACAUGAAGUCAUUUUACAGAGUUAUAUCCCUUCACAUGAAGUCAUUUUACAGAGUUAUCUCCCUUCACAUGAAAAUCAUUUCACAGAGUUAUCUCCCAUAUAUCAUUGAAUUCAUAGAAAAUAUUCAGGGAGAUGAUUUGAAUCUGGAAUGUAUAAUUUCUGUGUAAAGUUUGAUCAAAGUAUGGUGCCACCUUUUUUUACAUGUAUUUUGUACUCCUCAAGUGCCCUAUAAUGUUUGUUUGUGCUCACUUUUUAUAAUUAUUAAAUGAUACAUGGUUUCUAAUCCUAUGCAUGAUUUUGUUCAAAUCAUUUUAUGUGGUACAUAAGUGUUAUUUCCCCAAUUUCUACAUACGAUGAAUAAAUGACCUCAUUUAGUUUAGAGCAACAAAAAAACAUUAGUUAUCAAUAAUAGGUUAAAAAAAAUAGGUAAUCAUGAUUGUAUUAUUUCAUUUAUGUAAAUAGGUCCAAGAAUAAAUUAUUAUAUCUUUUUAACAAAGCAAUUAUUCAAUAAAAGUCUAUGAAAUGUUUCAAGCUUGUCUGGGUGCUGGGUUUUCUAGAUCUUUAUUCUCUGAAAAUUAACAUGUUUUACAUAUUUUAAUUAAGAGUUUUCAGAAGAUUUUUAUAGAACAAAGACUUUCAUGUACAUGUAACACACACAUGUUUUUGUUAUUGCAAUAACCAGAAAGAAAUAUCUCUGUAAGCUUAACGGGAAAGGUAUAUAUAUCUUGUAUCAAGAGUUACAGAAUCCCAAAUAAAGUUGGUCAUUUGUCUCACUUGUAAUCCAUAGCUAAGGUCAAUGAAAAUAUCUACAUGGAAAUGGUGGACAAAAAGAUUUGUAAAAAGAAAUCCGGUCAAAGUGCAUUUUUCUUUAAUUGACGUUAGUUUCUUGCUAUUUUUAGGCCAUUUAUAAUCAUUCCUCUCAUUAAAGCAUAGAUUUGUGAUACAACAUCUCAUUAACAUGUCUGUAUUCAUCUUUAGUGUGUGUUCUUUUACUUGGUGAUUUAUACAUGCCUUAACUUAUUGUCCAAAAAAUCAACGGCAGAGUGUGUGUGUAUUUGUGAAGUCUUUGUGUCCCACUUUUUGCAUGCUUGUCGAUGUUUCAUGUGAGAUUUCUUCAGAAAUGUGAGAAUUUUUUAUCAUCCUCAUCAAAUUUACCUGCAAAAGUUACAUACUUUGAAAUGUUAGCUAUUCAUAUUUCAAUUGGCUGCCAUUUUGUGUACUGGAACCAAUCAAAACUGUUCAAAGUAGAAUGUAAAUUUGAAACUUGAUGUGAUGAGUUAUUUAUUUAAUGAAAAAGGAAAACAGUUCAUCAUUAUUCAAAUUUUUCAUCUUGAAGCAUGCAAAUAUUGGAACACACAUUAUAUAUAAAAGAUUUUUUUCAAUUUAGAUUUUGUGAUACAAGGAAUUUGUCUAAGAUAUCUUUCUCCAAAAAUGAAAUAGUAUUUGUUAAAGUUUUCUUUCUGUAGCAUUUGUAGAGCUGUAAACGCGAAGUUGAACAAAACUUAAGAGUUUUUUUUUUUAUAAUAAAACAACAAGUCCUUUACCAACUUUUAGGAUGACAAAGCUUUACAUAUGAUGAAUUCUUAUCAAUUAAUAUAGUUGACAUUGUUUUAUAUUUUGUUAUGUGUGUUGCUCAAGCUUAAUAGAGUAAAUACACUUCUUGUUUUAUAUGUGUGCUUGUUGGUGUGUGGUAUGGGAAUGGUUAAAGGAAUGUGAUGGAUGUGUAAUUGUGUACAUGAGAGGUGUGUGAUGAAUACAUAGUUUUGAGUGUACAACUUUGUUAAUGUGUAUUUGUUUGAAAUUUGUACACAAAUUGUGGAAAAAAUGUUGUAAAUGAUAAAAGAUUCAAAUAAAAUUAUAUCAUAAAAUCUUAAA